UUAAAUUAAGUAGUUUCUUGAUUAAGCUUAACUUUUAUUUUUAGUGAAUUGAAGUCAGAUCGAGAUCGUAUCAGAGUCAUUGAUGUUAUUGACGAUCAUACUGUUACGAUUACUAAUACUAAAGUGAGUGUUUCAGGGGCUGGGGACAGUCGUGAACGCGUGCGCCGGUAUAAUGCUGAUUAUGCUUUUGAUAGCGCAGGCUUACAGUCAUUGCCGUCUUAUGCCACACAGGAAAAGGUGUUCCAAGUUAUUGGUGGUGAAGUAAUGUCCAGUAUAGCCAGAGGAUGUUCAGCGUGCGUGCUGGCGUACGGGCAGAGCGCGACCGGCAAGACAUUCACCAUGUUCGGCAGCGAGGUGCAGCCUGGCCUCGUGCCCAGACUGUGCAGAGCGUUUGAUGAUCAACAACCACUUAUCGUCACUGUCAGUUUCCUGGAGAUUUAUAACGAACGAGUGCAUGAUUUGUUAGUGGGCGAGGCUGUUUCUUCCAAUUGCCAUUCUCUACCGCGCAAUAGAGGCAACGUUCGUAAAGAUCUUCGCGUCAGAGAACACCCUACAAAAGGCCCUUAUGUGCAAAAUUUACGCCGCGUGACAGUACACAAUGUAGAGUCACUGGUGUCGCUAGUAAACGAAGGGGUUCGAAGACGGCGCACAGCACCGACUCGUCGGAACCCUCACUCGUCCCGGUCGCACGCUCUGCUGGAGAUAGUCACUCCUCACGCCACACUGCACCUCGCUGAUCUUGCUGGCAGUGAGAAAGCAGGAUUUGAGGGACCAGGAAGUGGCAGGCAAAAGGAAGGUGCUAACAUAAACAAAUCUUUGGUGGCCCUAAGCAAUGUUAUUUCAGCCCUCGUGACCAGUGGGCGGGGCCGGGCGAAGUUCAUCCCCUAUCGAGAUUCAGCCUUGACGUGGCUACUAAAGGAUUGCUUUACAGGCAAUUCAAGUACUUUUAUCAUAGCUACCGUGUCGCCGAGUGUGGCAUGUUACGGUGAAUCAGCUUCAACACUUCGUUGGGCAGAACGCGCUAGUCAGUUACCUACGAAAAAAGUUGCAAACUGCGAGGUAGUCGUUACGACCAAGUCUGAUCUUCAACAACAAUUUAAUAAACUUCUCGCUGAAUUAGCGAGAAACCAUAUUAAUUAUGCACCAGAAACUGGAACUAUUCACCAUGAUACGAAAUAUUGGGCUUAUAAGGAGAAGACAAUACAGUCCGAAGGUGUAAAUUCAACAACAAACAUAGGAAACAUUUUGAAUAUAAUGCAUCCGAGAGUUGAAGCUAACAAUGUAGAGUCAGCCAACGUACCAGUUGCUAGCGGAAGUUCGGAUGUCAGCAACAUAUUAGAUUCUGGAAAAAUAUCAAAUGCUGUAAGCAAAGAAGUGGAGAAAAUAUUUGGAUCGACGUUAGAAAGAACUAGCAGCGGAAGUGACCUUAAAGUGAUCCCACCGCUACGUCAUAAAAGAAGGGAAUAUAGGUCGCAAGAAGUUUUGCCUGUAGAUGAAACAAUCGCUGCUGGUCAAAGCUCCACUGGACUUUCUAUACUGCCAAGUCAAAGUGAGGUUCAAAUAAACAAUAUACAAAAUGCUGAUAAAAUUAAAAUUCCACACGUUUCUAUUCUCCACGAAAAUCAGAGAGCUGAGAUUGUUGCAGCCGUUACUGAUAGGUUAUACACUAAACUUAAAAAGAAAGAAGAGGCCGCCGUGUCACGAAUGGAGUCAAUUGUUGACAAAAAGAUAGUAGAACCAUUGAGCGAGUUAAAGAUUUGCACAAAUGCUCGUCAACGACUAAUUGAGUUGAGUCAAAGGGCUUUGCGAAAUAAACGGAGAAUAGGUAUACCUGCAUUUACACAGACCAAAAUAUCAGUCAUCCGUGUCAAAGACCAAGGUACGGAUGUUCAGACAGAUCUAGAUUCGUACAUUGUAAACAAUAAUCACACUAUUAUGACAGCAUAUCGAGAUGUCAGUACUGAGACUGUUCCGAUGACACCUCGUUGCAAGGAAAUAGCUGUUGGUCCAAAGUUUGGAUCAAUGGAUUUGAGCAAUAAAUCAACAGGGACAGAAAAAAGUGAAGUCAUACAUAAGAAUUCUUACACAAUGACAGAUGAAAUGGUAAAACACGACAAUUUGACGCAAACAGCGAUUGUACCACCACCCAGAAGAAGAAGAAAAGCAAUUAAAUCAACUAAGUAUCGUGGAAGCGAUAAUAAAAAUAAACAUUUAGAAGGAUAUGUUAAUGCUAUGGGACCGGUAAUAAGUAUAAAUAUUUCUCAAACGUAUUCUAAUGAUUCGGAGACACAAAGUUCUGACGACAAUUCAAUAAAUGCAACAAAUAAGAAUAUACCUAAAAAUGCUGUAGCCACACCAGAUUUAUUGACGAAUCACACUGGAGAUACAAGCGACAAUAACUUAUUAGAUAAUGCGUGUAAUGUUAAAGGAGAAGAUACGUUAGACACAAAACGUGUCACUACAUUAAAAGAUAACGUUUCAAAUGUAUCACUAUCUAUAAAAAGUAGUGAAGAUUUCUCUGAUGACGAGGAUUAUUCUUUGCCUCGAGUGACAGUAACUUCUACAGCGAAACCUAAAAGUUUAGAUAUGAAAAAUAUUAUAUUAGGGCGAAAUGAAAAUAUGUAUCCAUACAACAUAGUUCUUUCUCCAACGAGGGAAAUAGAUCAUUCCAAGAGGACGGUUACCUUUAAAGAUAUCGACAUAGCGAAGGCUAUAAAUGUAGCUUCACAUGAUUGUCAUGAUGUCGACAAUGAUAGUAAAUGUAACCAAGAAAAGAAUCAAUAUUUUUCUUCUGAUGACAUUAUUUUUGGGAAAAAGUCUGAUCAUGACAAUUCCUAUUCAGAUUGUACAGUAUCUACAAGAGAUGAAGUAAAUUCGUUGAUAUGGAAGAACAAUAUUGGUCGUAGUAGGACGGUCAAUUAUUGUAAAAGAAAUUAUGUACCCAUAUACAAAAGUAAUUCAAGAUACAACACAGAAAAGACAAGAUAUUAUCAAGACUUUCUACAUUCUGAUAAACGUGGAUUUAACGAUAUUGAUGGAAUUAAUUGUCAUACAGGAAAUAGUUUUGAUGAAAAGAAAUUUCGAAGCAGCAGUAAAUUUUAUCGAAGCAAUGAUGUAGAUACUGACUUUAAACAAGGAAAUCCUUGUUCAAAAGUAAGUUUCAGAAAUAAAGAUAAAUAUAAAAGUGAAGAAUUUGGGAAUAUUGAAAAAAAAAUACUCGACGCUUGUACAGAUUUAGAAAAAUCUGUGAAGACGUAUGAUGAUUACAUUAUUAAUUUUAAGAAUAAUGCAGAACGUGAUGAAGAACCUAUUUCUCAAAGGACUCCCACUGAGUAUUUACAACACUUGAUAAAAUUACGAAGGGAAAUGAUAAAAACUUUAGAAACCACACCUGACAUUGCUUUAAACGGUUCCAAGACAUAAUUAAUUAUUUUGUUUUAACAAAUAAAGGUAGUUACGAAAAUAAGUCUAAUUUAAACAAAAAUUAUAUCUGUGUCCAUCCUAAGUAGUGCUUUUCUAGUAAAUUUACCAUUAAGAAGUUGUUCACAACAUUGAGAGUUUCCAUUUUCCAAAUAUUUGAUACUAUUUUUAAAUUUACAAAAAAAGAUUUUUUUUACGCGAAAAUAGAAAAAGAAGCCUUAAAACAUUCCGCUGUUAAAAUCUGCUUCUUGUAUAAAAUAUAUUGUAUGCACCUAUUUAGGGUUCUGCACCUUGAAAGGAACCGUUUAUACUUUAUACGAUCAUUCAGUUGUCCGUCUGGCUGCCUGUCAAGACCUUUUUUCCUUAGGAAUGCGUAGAUAUAUCAAGUUGAAAUUUACAUCAAAUACUUGGGUCGAUAGUCUUUCCAGAUGUGAAAAAAUCAAACUGUAAGUCAGCGCGAUCAAAUGAUAUGACCGGUUUGUAGUAUAUUUUGCGCUUUUACAAGGAAAUCAAAACAUAUAGGGUAUUUUCCGUUGACCUAGACUCAUGAAAUUUGGCAUGAAAUAUUUUAAAGCACAUGUUAUUGAAAAAAUCUGAAAACUGGAAAUACUUAUUUUUGCAGUUGGUUUAAUAACCGUGUACAGGGAUCGAACGGCAAAGUUAGUUCUUUAGCCUAGUUUGUUUUUAUAAUAAUAAUAAUAUCAGCCCUGUAUUAUAUACUUGCCCACUGCUGAGCACGGGCC